UCACCAGAGGUUACAACCACUCAGCCUUCCGCAGAAACUACAAUUUCACCAGAAAUUACCACACUUACAACCCAGCCAGUUCCAACCGAAUCAACAGUGUUUCCUGAAGUGACAACCACUCAGGUUACUACAGCUCCUUCCGAAGUGACCACAGGUCCAGCAGAAACAACAGCACUGACCACCGAAGUUGUUCCAAAGACAACAGAGGUGGCACCAGAAAUAACGACCUCCCAGCCGUUGGCACCUACCACAGCAGAAGAAACUACUAUUUCCCCAGAAGAAACAACAUUGCCAAUUACAACCAUUCCCCUCACCACAACUAUUUCACCAGAGGUUACAAGCACUCAGCCUUCUGCAGAGACUACCAUUUUACCAGAAAUAACAACACUGACAACUGUACCAACUCCGGUAGUGACCACAGCAAUUCCCACAACAACAGUUGAGAUUGUAACUGCACCGGAACCAACUACCUUAUAUUCAACAGAGAUGCAAAAGAAUAUUAGUACAACCGUACCUUUGACCUCAGCCCCUGUUUGUUGUUUUGUAAAUGGAACAAAUUUUCCAUCUGACACCAUCAUAUAUAAUGUAACUGAUGGCUUUGGGUGGUGCUUUACUGGAUACUGCAAUUCUACUUGUCAUGUUGAGAUAAAAUCAUAUUCCUGUGAAACAACACCCCCAACUACCAAAAUACCAUUAAGUACCACAGUGUUCAGCAGUUCUGCACCUACAACUCCUACAAGCAUUUCUCCUACUGUCACACCUUACACAACUGUAACACCCGACUGUUCCAGUCUUAACCCACCAAGAAAGGCGAACGAAACAUGGCAGAUUGGCUGCCAGGAGUGUAAGUGUGAUGGUGAAAGCAUGAGUGUGCGGUGUAAACCAAUCAAAUGUCCAACCACCACAAUGCCGCUUUGUAACAAACCUGGACAAGUGGCCGUUAACAAGACAGAUGGCUGCUGCGAGAGCUACGAAUGUCAGUGCGAUACAAGUAAGUGUGUCACGCCCAGGAUGAAGUGUGCUCUGGGUUUCAUUCAGGAGAUGAAUGGCACAAAUCCAGGAGACUGUUGUCCUACAUACACCUGCAAACCCAUGAAAGUCUGUGUGCAGAAUGCGACGAUAUAUCCGCUGGGCUCCCAAAUACCCAGUUCCCAUGAGUGUGAGGAAUGUGAUUGUGGCUCGAGUGUUAAUCCCGAAACUGGACUUCUGACUUCAAAGUGUGUGACAAAAAAAUGUAAUGAAGAUUGUGAGGAGGGUUACAAGUAUAAGCCUGUCAUAGGCCAGUGUUGUGGAAAGUGUGUGAGUAUGAGCUGCGUGGUCACCGUUAAUAAUGUCACUAAGACCAUCCCAAUAAACCAAACAUUUACUCCACCUAAUGAUAAGUGUGUGACGUACACCUGCCAGGAUGUUAGCGAUAGUCCCAUGGUAAAGGAAGUCAGGAAAACGUGUCGCGAGUUCAACCCGGCAAACUGUGUCCCGGGAACAGAGACGACUGAUGCUGACGGUUGCUGCAGAAGCUGUACUCCACAGAGCAGCUGUAAAAAGGUUACAAACACCUCUGUGCUGGUUCAUAAUGGCUGCAGGAGCGCAUCCCCGGUGGAGUUCACGUCCUGCUCGGGAGCCUGUGCCACUUCCUCCAUGUACUCUUCAGAGAGCAACAAGCUGAUGCACACGUGCUCGUGUUGUCAGGAGCAGUCGACCAGUCAGAAGGAAGUGGAGUUGAUUUGCUCUGAUGGAUCGAAGACGACAUACACCUACGUGUACAUUGACUCAUGUGGCUGCCAGACAUCCGAAUGCACACCGAUGGGGAGACGCCGAAGGAGACGUUGAAUUCUAAAGGAAACAAAAUCCUGAAAAGUGCAUGAAUCUUAACUGACUCAUGUUAAAGCUUAGGUUUCCUUUCUAUUAGUCAGCUUCUCCACUUCUUUUAUUGUGUAACUUGCAUGCAAAAAAGAGAAAAACUGUUUUUAAAUAUAUUAUUAUUAUUGUUGUAAGAAUGUGUUAAAAUCUUAGUGACACAUGGUGUGUAGAGUGCUAUGCUUAUAUAGUGCAUGUGUUCUUUUAUCCUUUUAGUUCUUAAUAAAUGAAUGCAGAUUAAA